UCCUUGGUGUGGACCAGGGCAAAACCAGGUGUGGCCAGGACUGUGAGGGGUAGGCAUUUACAUCAUGAGAAUAGAAGGCUUAAAUUAGGUAGAACAAAUAUUUGCUGAUCAAAAGGCAGCUGUGACCAUACAAUACUGCCAGAUUGGAAUUUAUCACAGCCAGACUCAAGUUUAGCUGUCGGAAAGACUCCAACCAAUAAAAAACUGAGGCACAAUAUGGAGUCUCCAGUGGUGUUUGUCCUGCUCCUGGUCGCGACAACCUUCACAGCAGGUGCAAGUUUUCAGAUUUAUGCCUCUGAGAACCCGUUACCAGUGGGAAACAAUGUCACACUUUCCAGCAAGAACCCUGUUACCUCAGGGGCAUGGCUGUUUAACAAUGAAAUUAUUGUGAUGAUAUACCCGGGAGGUCAAAUCACAAAUGACAAUUGGAUUAAAAGAGUUACUUUCAAUUUAACCACUUCAUCAUUGACUAUAAUGUCACUACAGCUGGAGGACUCUGGAGUGUACACAUUACAGGGAAUAAAUUCUUUUCGUGCUCAGUUGUCACUGUCAGUCCAAGUGCCUAUUUCAAAUGUGUCUGUGAGGGCAAAUGCAACCAACUUGGUGGAGUUCAAUGACACAGCAGUUCUCAUGUGCUCUGUUCUCAACGGCUCGUCCCUGUCUUUUGUUUGGUUAAACGGCAGCUCUGUGGUUGCAACCGGUAGCAUGGUACAGCUCAGCAAUGGAGGCGCCACUCUCACCAUAGUCAGUGUAACCCGCUAUGAUCAGGGGCCGUUCAGGUGCAAUGCAUCCAAUGGUGUGAGCCAAGAAGUCAGUCUCCCUGUACUUCUGAACAUCAGCUAUGGUCCAAGUAACACAACAAUGAUGAUCAUGCCCAUGAGAUCCACCUACAUAACAGGAUCCAAUAUCACACUGCUGUGCUCAGCUGACUCCCUUCCUCCAGCGAAGAUCCAGUGGAUGGUCGAUGGGAUGUAUCUAAAUCAGUCUGGCCCACAGCUUCAACUGCAGAAGGUUCAAACAAGCAACUCAGGAAAUUACCAAUGCUUAUUUUACAACACAGUCACGCUCCGGUCCAGCAGCAAAAGUGCAAUGAUCAGUAUUUUAGAGCCAAUAGGAGCAGUAGUGGUGAAUAACACAGGUGGACCAGUAAUACUUCAUGAGAGAUUAACUCUGCAUUGUGAAGCAACUGGAGUUGUUGCCAGUUAUCAAUGGUGGAGAAAUGGUCAACCUAUUACUACUGACAAUACAACAAUAAUUGAGAACAUGACACUGAUCAUCUUAUCAGUCCAACUAUCAGAUAAUGGGAAUUAUCAGUGUCAGGCUUUUAAUUCUGUGAGCAACAUGACCAGCAGCCCCUACAUGGUUAAAGUGAACUAUGGACCUCAAAUGCCAACUGUAAUGGGGCCAAAUAUGGCAAAGACAGGAGACAAUGCCACAUUCACCUGCAACGCAUCAUCAAACCCUACGGCCACCUACCAAUGGUUCUUCAAUGAUUCUCUAGUGGCCAAUACCUCACAGUAUGUCACACCUCUUCUUACCGAAGAAAUGAGUGGAACGUACACCUGCAUGGCCUUCAACAACAUCACCGGGAAAAACAGCACCGCCUACACGAUGCUCACUGUUUUGGCUCCAGUAACUUGGGCGAUAAUAAAAAUUGUUGGUGGUCAGCCGAUCCAGAACCACACUUUCACUUUAACCUGUGAGGCAUCUGGAGAUGUGGAUUCCAUUAUCUGGAUGUAUGGUGGGUCCCAACUGUUUGCUGGAAACACAAGAAACUUCUCAAUGGACCGAGCCACCCUCACCUUUGAUCCUGUCAUGAUCUCUGACAAUGGAAAUUAUCAGUGUAAAGCUUCCAACCCACUCAGCAGCUCAUCAAGCCAAAACUUUACGCUGGAGGUUUUAUAUGGACCGCAGACGCCAACUAUAAUGGGGCCAAAUAUGGCGAAGGCAGGAGACAAUGCCACAUUCAGCUGCUACGCAUCAUCAAACCCUACCGCCUCCUACCAAUGGUUCUUCAAUGAUUCUCUAGUGGCCAACACGUCACAGUAUGUCACACCUCUUCUUACCAAAAAAAUGAGUGGAAUGUACACCUGCAUGGCCUUCAACAACAUCACUGGGAAAAACAGCACCGCCUACACGAUGCUCACUGUUUUGGCUCCAGUAACUUGGGCGUCAAUAAAAAUUGUUGGCGCUCAGCCAAUCCUGAACCACACUUUCACUUUAACCUGUGAGGCAUCUGGAGAUGUGGAUUCCAUUAUCUGGAUGUAUGGUGGGUCCCAACUGUUUGCUGGAAACACAAGAAACUUCUCAAUGGACCGAGCCACCCUCACCUUUGAUCCUGUCAUGAUCUCUGACAAUGGAAAUUAUCAGUGUAAAGCUUCCAACCCACUCAGCAGCUCAUCAAGCCAAAACUUUACGCUGGAGGUUUUAUAUGGACCGCAGACGCCAACUAUCAUGGCGCCAAAUAUGGCGAAGGCUGGAGUCAAUGCCACAUUCAGCUGCUACGCAUCAUCAAACCCUACCGCCUCCUACCAAUGGUUCUUCAAUGAUUCUCUAGUGGCCAACACGUCACAGUAUGUCACACCUCUUCUUACCAAAAAAAUGAGUGGAACGUACACCUGCAUGGCCUUCAACAACAUCACCGGGAAAAACAGCACCGCCUACACGAUGCUCACUGUUUUGGCUCCAGUAAGUUGGGCGUCAAUAAAAAUUGUUGGCGCUCAGCCAAUCCUGAACCACACUUUCACUUUAACCUGUGAGGCAUCUGGAGAUGUGGAUUCCAUUAUCUGGAUGUAUGGUGGGUCCCAACUGUUUGCUGGAAACACAAGAAACUUCUCAAUGGACCGAGCCACCCUCACCUUUGAUCCUGUCAUGAUCUCUGACAAUGGAAAUUAUCAGUGUAAAGCUUCCAACCCACUCAGCAGCUCAUCAAGCCAAAACUUUACGCUGGAGGUUUUAUAUGGACCGCAAAUGCCAACUAUAAUGGGGCCAAAUAUGGCGAAGGCAGGAGAAAAUGCCACAUUCAGCUGCUACGCAUCAUCAAACCCUACCGCCUCCUACCAAUGGUUCUUCAAUGAUUCUCUAGUGGCCAAUACGUCACAGUAUGUCACACCUCUUCUUACCAAAGAAAUGAGUGGAACGUACACCUGCAUGGCCUUCAACAACAUCACCGGGAAAAACAGCACCGCCUACACGAUGCUCACUGUUUUUGAUCCUUUAAAAUAUGUGCACAUAGAAACCCCGAUGACUGCUGCCAUAGCAGGUAAUUCUUAUUAUCUAAAGUGCAAUGUGAGUGGACCUGCUGGGGUUAUUUACUGGAUGAAAAAUGGUGAGCCACUGCAUGAAGACAACAGAACUGUUUUCUCAAUGGAUAAGAAGACAGUCACCUUUAACCAAAUAAGACAAAAUGAUACUGGGCUCUACCAGUGUAUGGCUAUUUAUGCUGGUUGGAACAUGACCAGCGCUCCUUACAUGCUCAUUGUGAACUGUGAGUAACACUAAAGAAUGACUUAUUUUACUGUAACUGA